AGUCUAUUAUAUGUCGGCUUGUUCUCAUAAAUAAAAAAGCUGUCUUAGCUUUAGCUUUUGCUUCUGGUUCGGUCUCUGAUUUCUCGAUGAUAAAUCAGUUUUCCUUCUGGGCCUUUUUGAUCCCAAGUGAAAUGGGAAUUUCCCAUUUUUUUUUUUAGAUGAAUUAUAAAGUGGGAAUUUGGAGUCCCUUUCGCCAAAUAUUCUGAUUCUCUCCUUUUUUUUUUUUGUUGGGGGGGGUUCUUUUGAGUUUGAUCUUUCAUGGAGAAGAUUCAUUUACUGAGAUGUGGAAGAAGAGGAAAUAGCUGAGAAAGGAAAGUCUCUGAGUUUUCUUUGUUUAGUGGGUAAAUUAAUUGCGAGUUAGUUAGGGUUUGAUUUCUUCGAUUAUAUGGGAUUUUUUUUUUCUUUUCUAAGCAUUUAAGCUGAUUCUUUAAAGUGAAGUGAUCCUGCAAUUAUUGGCAAUGGUUUUGGAGCUAAAGCUGGCUUAUGGUGAAAAAAAUUGAAGUUUGGUGUAGAAGUGUAUGGUUAAUAUCUCUGUGGAAGAGAACAAGUGAUUGAUUUGUUAAAGGAGCAGUUUUUAGUAUUCAUACUCUGCAAAAAUGAAGGUUCCUCCAAAUGGGUUUAUGGCUAAUUCUGCAGAAGGAGAAAGGAAGAAUAUUAAUUCGGAGCUAUGGCAUGCUUGUGCGGGGCCAUUGGUCUCUCUGCCUCCAGUUGGAAGUCUUGUAGUUUACUUCCCUCAAGGCCACAGUGAGCAAGUUGCAGCAUCAAUGCAAAAGGAGACUGACUUCAUACCAAGCUAUCCCAACCUUCCUUCCAAGUUGAUUUGCAUGCUUCAUAAUGUCACAUUGCAUGCUGAUGCAGAAACUGACGAGGUCUAUGCUCAGAUGACCCUUCAACCUGUAAGCAAAUAUGAAAAGGAAGCAUUAAUGGCAUCUGACAUGGGUCUCAAGCAAAAUAGGCAACCUACUGAAUUUUUCUGCAAAACUCUUACGGCCAGUGACACAAGCACACAUGGUGGAUUCUCUGUCCCUCGGCGAGCAGCUGAGAAGAUUUUCCCAUCACUGGACUUUUCAAUGCAACCUCCUGCUCAGGAGUUGGUGGCCAGAGAUUUACAUGACAAUACAUGGACAUUUAGACAUAUUUAUCGUGGCCAGCCAAAAAGACAUUUGCUCACUACAGGUUGGAGUGUCUUUGUUAGCACAAAAAGACUUUUUGCUGGUGAUUCUGUUCUAUUCAUAAGAGAUGAAAAGUCACAGCUUCUCUUGGGGAUAAGGCGUGCUAAUAGACAACAGCCAGCGCUCUCCUCAUCUGUCAUAUCCAGUGACAGCAUGCAUAUUGGAAUUCUUGCUGCUGCCGCUCAUGCUGCUGCUAAUAACAGCCCAUUUACUGUAUUUUACAAUCCAAGAGCAAGCCCUUCUGAGUUUGUGAUUCCCUUCUCCAAGUAUACUAAAGCAAUGUAUACUCAAGUUUCACUUGGCAUGAGAUUCAGAAUGAUGUUUGAAACUGAGGAGUCAGGAGUUCGUAGAUACAUGGGGACAAUUACUGGCAUCAGUGAUUUGGAUCCAGUGAGAUGGAAAACUUCACAGUGGCGCAAUCUUCAGGUUGGAUGGGAUGAAUCAACUGCUGGUGAACGGCCAAGCCGAGUUUCACUUUGGGAGAUUGAGCCCAUAGUAACUCCUUUCUACAUUUGCCCACCUCCAUUUUUCAGACCCAAGUUCCCUAAACCGCCAGGGAUGCCAGAUGAUGAGUCUGACACUGAGAAUGCUUUUAAAAGAGCCAUGCCCUGGCUUGGAGAUGACUUUGGCGUGAAAGAUACCCCAAGCUCGAUUUUCCCUGGUUUGAGUUUAGUUCAGUGGAUGAGCAUGCAACAAAACAAUCAAUUUCCAGCUGCUCAAGCAGGAUUCUUCCCAACCAUGCUUCCUUCUAAUGCCUUGCAUAAUAACCUUAGUGCUGAUGAUCCCUCAAAGUUGCUGAAUUUUCAAGCCCCUGGCCUGUCCAUGCCAGGUCUCCAUUUUAACAAAGCAAAUCCACAAAACCAAGUCAGCCAGCUGCCACAGUCAUCAGCAUGGACUCAGCAGCAACAGCUGCAGCAAUUAUUGCAGACCAAUAUCAACCAACAGCAGUCAUCUCAUCCUCAACAGCAACAGCAGCAGCCUCAUCCCCAACAGCAACAGCAGAGGCAGCAACCACAACCACCACAGCAACAACAAUUGAACCAACAGCAGCAGCCACAAUCACAGCCACAGCCGCAGCCACAAUCACAGCCACAGCCUCCACAGUUACAACUGCAGCAGCAGCAGCAGCAAAUAUUCCAGCCUCCUGUAAAUAAUGGUGUUGUUACCCCUAACCAAAUUUCAAAUCAAACUUUGCAGCAACCACUUGUUUACUCUCAGCUUCAGCAGCAACAGCAGCUACUGGCAAGCAAUACCCAAUCCCAAAAUAUCUCCUCUGCUAAUAAAAGUUCAUAUCAGCUGACAUCUUUGCCACAAGAUACUCCAUUCCAGCAACAAAUGGAGCAGCAGUCUAGCCUCUUACAGAGACACCAGCAGCAGACACAAUUGCAACAGUCCCCACUGCAAUUAUUGCAACAAAAUGUGGCACAGAUAACACAGCAACAACCACAUCCACAGCCACAACAACUAUCACAGCCUGGUCUCUCUGAGCAACAGCUUCACUUGCAGUUGCUGCAGAAAUUGCAGCAGCAGCAGCAGCAGCAGUUGCUUUCCCCUACGAGCUCACCUUUGCAGUCUCAGCUGCUACAGCAACAGCAGACCCAUCAACAAAACCAGCAGUUCCAGCAGUUGCCUCUUUCACAGAGUCAGCAGCAGCCACUCGGUAGCAAUAGCUUCUCAACAGCAGCACUCAUGCAAUCACAAUCUUUUCCUGCGAGCCAGUCCCAUGGCCUGCAGAAGUCACCGACAACAAUUAGACCUCAUUCUACUCUCACAGAUGCAGAUGCUCCAUCUUGUUCAACCUCACCUUCUACUAAUAACUGCCAAAUUUCUCCAUCAAAUUUCCUGAAUAGAAACCAACAAACACCGGCAAUAUUGAUGGGAGACCCAGUGAUUGAGCCUGCAAAUAAUCUGGUUCAGGAGCUCAAUAGCAAGUCUGAUACUCGAGUUAAACACGAGUUUCCUAGUUCAAAAGGAUCAGACCAACUAAAAUACAAAAGUACAAUUACUGAUCAAUUGGAAGCCUCCUCUUCUGGAACGUCAUAUUGCCUGGAUGCUGGCAACAUCCAGCCAAAUUUCUCACUCCCCACCUUUGGUUUGGAUGGUGAUGUGCAAUCACAUCCUCGGAACAGUCUGCCUUUUGCAACAAAUAUUGAUAACUUGGCACCAGACACUUUGUUGUCAAGGGGAUAUGACUCUCAGAAAGAUCUUCAAAACUUGCUAACUAAUUAUGGUGGGACUCCAAGAGAUAUUGAGACAGAGUUGUCCACUGCUGCAAUAAGCUCUCAAUCUUUUGGGGUGCCAAACAUACCGUUCAAGCCUGGAUGUUCUAAUGAUGUUCCAAUCAAUGAUUCUGGGGUUUUGAAUGGUGGAUUGUGGGCCAACCAGACUCAACGCAUGCGAACAUAUACAAAGGUUCAAAAGCGUGGAUCUGUAGGAAGAUCUAUUGAUGUGACCCGUUAUAAAGGCUAUGACGAACUUAGACAUGACCUGGCCCGCAUGUUUGGUAUUGAAGGGCAACUAGAAGAUCCACAAAGUUCUGACUGGAAAUUAGUUUAUGUGGAUCAUGAGAAUGACAUACUACUUGUCGGCGAUGACCCUUGGGAGGAGUUUGUAAGCUGUGUUCAGAGCAUAAAGAUAUUGUCAUCUGCUGAAGUGCAGCAAAUGAGUUUAGAUGGAGAUCUUGGUAGUUUACCGGUUCCCAAGCAAGCCUGCAGUGGGACUAACAGUGGAAAUGCAUGGAGAGGGCAUUAUGAUGAUAAUUCAGCUGCCUCAUUUAAUAGAUAAGAGCUGUAUAAUGAUAAUAGGAGCAGUUAAUGGACUUCACGGUACAGUUAUCUUGGCCCUUUAGCAAUGGCAGUUGCGACUGUCAUGGCACCUAUCAACUCUUAAGGGGAAAUUGGUCGUACUUAAGGUACUCCAGUAACAAAGGGAAACAUUGUUACAUGGAGGUUGAGCAGCUUCUGAAGUAGUGGCUCUUAUGUUCUACACGCAAAGGGCGCAGCUAUGAUAUUUACCAUUUUCACUAAAUGUUGGCAUCUACUUUUCUUGCAACUUUUGGCUUUCCAAUGAUAGAUGGAAGCAGUUUGGCGACGUACGGGAGGAAGUAGGAUUUUGAAGUACAGUGGAAAGCAGAACAAAAGGAUUAGAUGUAUGAUAUGAUCUUUACGUAAUUUGAAGUUCAGUCUGACAAACGAUUCCUUGUAAAUGAUGGAGAGCAAUUUCUCGAUCACUGAUUCUGUUCAUUUUGUUGACAAUAUUUUCAACUGCUUAACGGUAAUUAAUGAUAAUGAUAUGGUUUAUUGUUAUCUAAA